CACCGACUGCAAAGCUCUGAGCGCAGCCUGUGAGGACAGCAGCACCCGGGACAGGAUGGCUUCCAAUAAGGCUUCAUGGCUCCAUUCAGCAGAGAAUUUAGAUGUUCGAUUACCACCUAUUUACCUUCCAGUGGGUUCUUCAAGCUUGACAGCUACGAAUCUCUUGAAACACAAAAGAAGCAGAGAACAACAGUUGACCCUCAAUGAUAUCAUAGUCAACGAGGGUAUAAAAGCCUAUGAAGAGUCCAUGAAGGAACAGAAAAAGAGGGUUCCUACACCCCCUGAACCCCAAUUACCCUCAACUAUGAACAGUGAGCAGAGAAAACGCAGACUGAAUUACCUCUACAUGAAGAACUGUGUAGAGAGCAGCCCUGUGGUGCCUAUCCAGAAGCACUGGCUAAACUCUAUACUCUCCAAUGUACCAGCAUCACUGCAACAGGGGAAAGACCGGGAGGAUCUGGUUAAAGAACUGCUAGAGGAAGUUUCACAAGACUUUGAAAAGAGCAUGAAGAGACACCUUGUGAAAAGUGUGCUGGUCAAGCCAGAGGUGAAAGGACUUGAAGCAGAAGACUCCAGACCAUUACCGGAGUCCCCUGUGGGUCUGGAUUUCUCAAGGCCUUGGCACCAGAAAUAUACCCAAGCACGCAAUCGGAUUAAAGCUAACCUGCAUGUUACGCACCCAGGCCUCAGGACUAUACUGGACCUUGGCUUCUUCACAUUCUCCAAAUUGAUAGUAGUUGACUUAUCUGAAUACAGAUCGAAGGGACCUGUUGAAUGUGAAUCCUUGAAAAACAAUGUUUCGUUAGCUUGUGCAAAAACAGAGGAGAAAUUACUCAAUACGUGGUAUCCAAAAGUGAUCAAUCUUUUCACAAAUAAGGAAGCAUUGUCGGCCAUUAAACCAGACAAAAUUGAUUCUUUCUACACUUGUUUGUCAACGCUCAUGUCAAAUCAGUUGAAAGAUCUGUUGCAAAGAAGUAUAGAGGCGUAUGUGAAGUUAUUUGAUGACUCUGACCUGCGUUGGCUGCCAUUGUUCAAAAUGCAACUCACAUUUGAUGAUGAGAAAAUGGAUUUUUAUCCCAGUUUCCAAGAUCUGGAAGAAGCCGUCUUAUUUAUCGUGACCCAGAUAUCAAAUACACUGCAGAACAUUCAGACUGCCCAGUCUUGGCUUUCUGGUAGCUCAACUGUCCAAAGGAUUGAAGCAAAACUACCAGACCAUGUCAUUCAGUGGGCCAUUUCAAAGCUAAAGGAAGCAGUCCAGCACCAUUUGGAAGAGCCCAAGAAGCAUUUUGACACUUAUGUUGAAAGCUUUACCUGGUUGGUGGAUGGUACUGCGUCUCAGCAAGUGGAAACGUUUCUCACCGAAAAGCACAACUUUGAGGAAUACACAGCAUUUAUUGAGCAAUUUCAUAGCCUUGCCAAAAGCAUCGCUAGUUUGCCAAGAUGGGCACAUUUCACUAUGAUUGAAUUGGACUGUGAUGAUCUGAAGUCAGGUUUGGCUGAUAAAGCAAAAAGCUAUGCACGGUUUUUACUGGAGGUACUGACAACCAACCACAGAAAAGAAAAUGAAAGAAUCUGCACGGAGUUUGAGAGGAUUAAAGAACAUGCAUUAAGGGCCCCUGUAACCACAGAGGACGUGAUUGAAGCCAUAGAGUUUGUUGAGCAAGUUAAGACCAAAGGUCUUGUGGCACUAAAAGCUCAGAUUGCCGAGAGCAAGCAGAGAAUGGAUUAUCUUUUAGAUGUUUUUAUGUUUACCUCUGAAGACUUAGCCCUGAAUGCAACUGUACUAUUGUGGCCUAAGAAAAUAAAUCCUGUCUUUGACGAAAAUGACGAGCUGAUUGAAAAAGCCAAGCGUAAAGGAGAGAGUUUGUUAAUAGGGAAAAGAGAGAAAUUAAUGCUGGAAUUGGAGAAACUUUCACGUCGGAUGGAAGAAUUUGGUGAAUGUUCUGAACUGAAUAUGGUCCAUCAGUAUGUAACAGACGUGAGGACAGUGCAAAAGCGUAUUGCAGAUUCUGAGGAGACCAUCACAUUUAUCAAUAAAGAAGAAGCUCUGUAUAAAUGGGACCUGACAAGUUAUCCUGAGCUGGAUUCUUUAAAAGCAAACAUUGAGCCAUAUCAGAAAAUCUUCAAUUUAAUCUAUAAAUGGCAGAGGACUGAGAAGAGAUGGAUGGACGGAGCCUUUCUUGACUUAAACGGAGAGAGCAUGGAAGCAGAGGUUGACGAGUUUUUUCGCGAAGUGUAUAAGUCGAUGAAAUUUUUUCAGCAGAAGCAGAAGAAGGCUGAAGAAGAAAAGAAAAAGGCAGCUCCUCAGCGGACGCUCACCGACGAGAAGGUGGAAGAAGAGAAGAAAGAAAGCAGUAUGGUUCAGAUGUGUUCAGCAGUGAUGGAGCAGAUAAAGGAGUUUAAGGAAUACAUCCCGUUGGUGAGCAUCCUUUGUAAUCCAGGAAUCCGAGCCCGUCACUGGCGUCAAAUUUCAGAGAUCGUGGAAUAUGACCUGACUCCAGAUUCUGGAACCACUUUAAGGAAGGUUUUGAAGCAAAAUCUAACUCCAUAUCUAGAUAAAUUUGAGCAAAUUAGUGCAGCAGCUAGCAAGGAAUUCUCUCUUGAGAAGGCGAUGCAUACGAUGCAAGAGAGUUGGGAUAACAUUUCAUUUAACACCAAUGCCUAUCGAGAUUCUGGAGUGUCAAUCUUGUCGGCAGUGGAUGAGAUUCAGACCACGCUUGAUGACCAGAUCAUAAAGACUCAGACAAUGAGAGGCUCCCCAUUUAUCAAACCGUAUGAGAAAGAAAUAAAGCAAUGGGAGGAAAGGCUGAUACAUGUCCAAGACACCAUUGAUGAAUGGCUGAAGGUGCAAGCUCAGUGGCUUUAUUUGGAUCCCAUCUUCUCCUCAGAGGACAUCAUGCAGCAAAUGCCUGAAGAAGGACGUCUCUUUCAAACAGUGGACAGAAACUGGAAAGAAAUCAUGAAACAUUGUGUAAAGGACCCCAAGGUUUUAAGUGCAACCUCUAUGACGGGGCUUUUGGAAAAACUACAAGAUAGCAAUAUGCUCCUUGAUAAAAUCAUGAAAGGACUCAAUGCCUAUCUGGAAAAAAAGAGACUAUUCUUCCCACGCUUUUUCUUUUUGUCAAAUGACGAAAUGCUAGAAAUACUGUCAGAGACUAAGGAUCCCCUGCGCGUUCAACCACAUUUAAAGAAGUGCUUUGAAGGCAUUGCUAAAUUGGAAUUUCUUCCCAAUUUGGACAUUAAAUCCAUGUAUAGUGCAGAAGGGGAGAGAGUGGAGCUAAUUCAAACAAUCUCCACAUCUGAAGCUCGUGGUGCAGUGGAAAAAUGGCUUAUUCAAGUGGAGGAUGUCAUGCUGCGUAGCAUACAUGACGUUAUUGCAAAGUCGAGAUUGGCCUAUCCUGAAACGCCAAGAAAAGUGUGGGUGAGAGAUUGGCCCGGGCAGGUUGUGCUUUGUGUCUCCCAAAUGUACUGGACAAGUGAGGUUCAUGAAGCAAUACACAGUGGACUAGAGGGCUUGAAAAACUACUACGACACCCUCCAGCUGCAGCUUAAUGACAUAGUUGAACUUGUAAGAGGAAAGUUGUCCAAACAGACAAGGACUACACUCGGGGCUUUGGUCACCAUUGACGUACAUGCUCGAGAUGUGGUCAUGGAUAUGAUCGGAACAGGUGUUACCCAUGAAACAGAUUUCCAGUGGCUCUCCCAGUUGCGGUAUUACUGGGAAAAUGAGAAUGCGCGUGUUCGGAUCAUAAACUGCAAUGUGAAAUAUGCCUAUGAGUAUCUGGGAAACUCGCCUCGUCUUGUCAUUACUCCACUCACAGACAGGUGCUACCGGACUUUGAUUGGAGCCUUUUUCCUAAGUCUUGGUGGUGCACCAGAGGGACCUGCCGGAACUGGAAAAACAGAGACUACAAAGGAUCUGGCCAAAGCUCUAGCGGUGCAAUGUGUUGUGUUCAACUGCUCUGAUGGUCUGGAUUAUAUUGCAAUGUCAAAGUUUUUCAAAGGUUUGGCCUCCUCGGGUGCCUGGGCAUGCUUUGAUGAGUUUAACCGCAUUGAGUUGGAAGUACUUUCUGUAGUCGCACAGCAGAUCCUGUGUAUUCAGAGAGCCAUCCAGAUGAAAAUGGAACUAUUUAACUUUGAAGGAACUGAACUAAAGCUGAAUCCAAACUGCUUUGUAGCCAUUACUAUGAAUCCUGGUUAUGCAGGCCGUUCAGAAUUGCCUGACAACCUCAAGGUUUUGUUUCGGACAGUUGCCAUGAUGGUUCCAAACUACGCUCUGAUUGCGGAGAUCUCCCUGUAUUCAUACGGCUUUCUACAUGCUAAACCUCUCUCAGUGAAGAUCGUAAUGACAUACAGGCUGUGCUCAGAGCAACUUUCCUCUCAGUUCCACUACGACUAUGGGAUGCGUGCAGUAAAGGCUGUUUUAGUGGCUGCUGGGAAUCUUAAACUGAAAUAUCCCAAUGAAAAUGAAGAUAUACUUCUUCUUCGAUCUAUCAAGGAUGUAAAUGAGCCCAAAUUUUUGUCACACGAUAUCCCUCUCUUCGCUGGGAUUACCAGUGAUCUGUUUCCUGGUAUCCAACUUCCUGAAGCCGAUUACAAAGAUUUACUAGAAUGCGCUCAAGAAAGCUGCAUCAAACACAACGUUCUGCCAGAGGCUGUAUUUUUGGAGAAAAUGAUUCAAUCAUAUGAAAUGAUGAUCGUAAGGCAUGGUUUUAUGUUAGUUGGAGAGCCUUUCUCUGGCAAAACAAAGGUCCUUCACGUUUUGGCUGAUACCCUUUCUCUAAUGAAUGAAAAAGGAUGCGAGGAAGAAAAAGUUAUCCACAGAACAGUCAAUCCUAAAUCCAUCACCAUGGGCCAACUGUUCGGACAAUUCGAUCCAGUAUCACAUGAGUGGACUGAUGGCAUCGUUGCAAACACUUUCCGUGAGUUUGCGUUAUCUGAGACCAGUGAGCGGAAGUGGGUCAUAUUUGAUGGACCAAUUGAUACUUUAUGGAUAGAAAGUAUGAACACUGUGCUAGAUGAUAAUAAAAAGCUGUGCCUGAUGAGUGGUGAAAUCAUUCAGAUGUCCCCUCAAAUGAGUCUGAUCUUUGAAACAAUGGACCUCUCCCAGGCCUCACCUGCAACAGUAAGCCGCUGUGGGAUGAUCUACCUUGAGCCACUGCAACUUGGCUGGAUGCCGCUUGUAAAAUCCUGGAUGAAUACACUUCCUGAAGCUCUGAAAAACAAGGAUCACUUUUCACUUCUGAUGGAGCUUUUUGAAUGGCUGAUCCCACCCUCCUUAAGGUUUCUUCGAAAACAGUGCAAGGAGCUGGUGUCAUCUAGCAAUAGCAAUGUAGUGAUUUCGCUCACCCGACUCUUUGAAAUGCUUCUUUUUGACCUGGUGAGAGAAGACCCUACAAAUAAAAACACCCGUGUAUGGAUAAUGGCAUGUUUUGGCUUUUCCAUGGUAUGGUCUAUUGGAGGCUGCUGUGACACUGACAGCCGGGUGAAAUUUGAUGCAUUCCUUAGAGAAAUUCUAUCAGGAAAAUCUGAGGCCCAUCCACUGCCAGUGGCUGUGGGCAAAUGGGAAUGUCCAUUUGAUGAUAAAGGCCUGGUUUACGACUAUGUAUAUGAGCUGAAAGGCAAAGGGCAUUGGGUUCACUGGAACGAGUUCAUCAAAAACACGACCAUCGGAGAUAAUAAGACAAAAAUUCAAGAUAUUAUUGUGCCGACAAUAGAUACUGUCAGAUACACCUUUCUCAUGGAACUGUGCAUCCAAUAUGAAAAACCCUUGCUAUUUGUGGGACCAACUGGCACAGGCAAAUCUGUCUACGUUAAGGACAAAUUAAUGAACAACUUGGACAAAAAUAAAUUCUUUCCUUUCUUCGUCAAUUUCUCAGCUCGGACCAGUGCUAACCAAAUCCAGAACAUCGUCAUGGACAGACUGGAUAAACGACGAAAAGGAGUGUUUGGACCACCUGUAGGGAAGAAAUGUGUAAUUUUUGUGGAUGAUAUGAACAUGCCAGCCUUGGAGAAAUAUGGAGCUCAGCCGCCCAUAGAACUUUUACGCCAGUUUUUUGACCAUGGAAACUGGUAUGAUUUAAAGGACACCACCAAGAUAUCCUUGGUUGACAUGCAGCUGGUCGCAGCAAUGGGACCACCUGGUGGUGGGAGGAAUGCAGUCACCCCUCGCUUCCUGCGUCACUUCAAUAUUUGUACCAUGAAUCCUUUCAGCGAUGAUACCAUGGUUCGCAUUUUCUCUGCCGUUGUCUCAUUUUACCUUAGACGUCAUGAGUUUCCACCUGAUUUCUUCACAGUUGGGACCCAGAUUGUUAAUGGCACAAUGGAGGUAUACAAAAAAGCCAUGGAAAAUCUGCUACCCACUCCAGCUAAAUCCCAUUACACAUUCAAUCUGCGAGAUUUCUCCCGAGUCAUCCAAGGUUGCCUGCUUAUCAAAAAGGAUGCAGCAGAAAAUAAGCGUGUAAUGGUGCGUCUGUUCGUGCAUGAGGUACUACGAGUAUUUUACGACCGUUUAGUAGACAACAAGGACCAAUCCUGGCUUUUCCACCUAAUCAAAGACAUUGUGAAAGACCAUUUUAAAGAAAAUUUUGACUCGGUGUUUGAGCAUUUAAGAAAAGACAAUGCACCAUUCUCUGAGGAAAAUAGCCGAAACUUGCUGUUUGGUGAUUACAUGAAUCCAGACCUUGAAGCAGAUGAGCGAUUGUAUAUAGAGAUUCCCACCAUGGAACAAUUCAGUAAUGUUGUAGAACGUUGUUUGGAGGAAUAUAACCAGACCCACAAAUCCAGAAUGAACCUCGUUAUAUUCAGAUAUGCCCUUGAACAUUUGUCCCGUAUAUGCCGAAUUCUGAAACAGCCAGGUGGUAAUGCUCUGCUGGUUGGAGUUGGAGGAAGUGGCCGGCAAUCGCUGACCCGUCUCGCCUCUUCUAUGGCAAAAAUGAAUAUCUUUCAACCAGAGAUCUCCAAGAGCUACGCAAUGAAUGAAUGGAGAGAAGAUCUCAAGUCCUUACUCAGGAGUGCAGGAGUUAAGGGUCAAAAAACAGUUUUCCUAAUAACGGACACGCAGAUCAAAGAAGAAGCUUUUCUCGAGGAUGUUGACAGUCUGCUUAACACUGGAGAGGUUCCAAAUAUGUUUGCUGCAGAUGAAAAGCAGGAAAUAAUGGAGGGAGUUCGCACAGCUGCUCAAGCUGGAAAUAAAAAUGUUGAACUGGGUCCUCUGGCUCUUUUUGCCUUCUUUGUAAACCGCUGCAAAGAAAACCUUCAUAUUGUGGUUGCCUUUAGCCCCAUUGGAGAUGCCUUCCGGAACCGCCUUCGGCAAUUCCCAUCGCUUAUCAACUGUUGCACCAUCGACUGGUUCCAGCCAUGGCCGGAAGAUGCCCUUGAGCGGGUUGCUAUUAAAUUUCUGGAAACACUGGAAUUGACCAGCACCGAACGUAAAGAAGUUGUGCCAAUCUGUAAAUACUUUCAUACGUCUGCAUUAGAGCUGUCUGACAAGUUUUUGAGAGAACAGGGGAGACAUAACUAUGUUACACCCACCUCAUAUUUGGAAUUAAUUGCUGCUUUCCGCCAGCUGUUGUCUCAGAAGCGUGAUACUGUGAUGAAAGCAAAGAAAAGAUACACCAACGGCUUGGAUAAAUUGGCUUUUGCAGAAUCUCAGGUAGCAGAGAUGAAGAAGGAGUUAGUUGAAUUGCAACCCAAACUGGAAGAGGCCAAGGUGGAAAAUGACAAUAUGAUGAAGAUUAUCGAAGUAGAAUCAGCUGCAGUUGAGGCAAAGAGUAAAAUUGUUCGUGUGGAUGAAGAGAUAGCCUCCCAGAAAGCUGAGGAAGCCCAAGCCUUGAAGAAUGAGUGUGAGAGUGAUCUUGCCGAGGCUAUACCAGCACUGGAGGCAGCUCUGUCAGCCUUGGAUACACUAAAGCCUUCUGAUAUCACUAUUGUAAAAGCAAUGAAAAACCCCCCGUCUGGUGUAAAACUCGUCAUGUCGGCUGUGUGUGUCAUGAAAGAAAUCAAGCCAGAAAAAAUAAGUGAUCCUGCAGGGACUGGACAGAAGAUAAUGGACUAUUGGGGACCAAGUAAAAAGCUACUUGGUGACAUGAAUUUCUUAAAAGAUCUCCGAGAAUAUGACAAGGAUAAUAUUCCAGUGCCAGUAAUGGCAAAAAUCCGCAGUGAAUAUAUCAUCAACCAAGAUUUUGAUCCUGUCAAAGUGGCUAAAGCUUCAUCAGCAGCCGAGGGAUUGUGCAGAUGGAUCAUGUCCAUGGAGAGUUAUGAUCGAAUAGCUAAGGUGGUUGCUCCCAAGAAAGCGCGUCUUGCAGAGGCUCAGCAGUCAUUGGCUGGAACAAUGGCUCUUCUGAACCAGAAAAGAGCAGAACUGAAAGCCGUUGAGGACCGCCUGGCUGCACUGGAAAAAACGUUUCAAGAGAAAACUGAAGAGAAAGUCCAACUGGAAUUUCAAGUUGAUCUCUGUGCUAAAAAACUAGAACGUGCAGAAAAACUGAUCGGGGGUCUUGGCGGAGAGAAAUCAAGAUGGUCGAACGCUGCAGAUUCUCUUCAAAACACAUAUGACAAUCUAACUGGUGAUGUCCUGGUAUCUGCUGGUGUGAUCGCUUAUCUUGGUGCUUUCACAGCUGGAUUUCGACACGAGUGUACCAAGGCCUGGAGCAAAAUGUGCAAGAGAAAAAUGAUUCCUUGUUCCGAUGAUUUCUCAUUGAGCAAGACACUCGGAGAUCCAAUUAAAAUCCGAGCCUGGAAUAUUGCUGGGCUACCCACUGACAUCUUCUCUGUGGACAAUGGAGUGAUUGUCAGUAACUCCAGACGCUGGCCAUUAAUGAUUGACCCUCAGAGUCAAGCAAACAAAUGGAUAAAAAAUUCAGAACGAGAGAACCAGCUGAAUGUGAUCAAGUUAACGGACUCGGAUUACAUGCGCACACUGGAGAACUGCAUUCAGUUUGGAACCCCUCUUCUUCUGGAGAAUGUAGGGGAAGACUUGGACCCCUCUCUAGAACCAUUACUGCUGAAGCAGACAUUUAAACAAGGAGGUGUGGAUUGCAUCCGUCUUGGUGAAGCCAUCAUUGAAUAUUCCAGAGACUUCCGAUUCUACAUAACGACAAAACUCAGAAACCCACAUUAUCUGCCAGAGUUGGCCACUAAGGUCUCCUUGCUCAACUUCAUGAUCACUCCUGAAGGCUUGGAGGACCAGCUGCUGGGGAUUGCUGUGGCAAAGGAGAGACCAGAGCUGGAAGAGGAGAGAAACGCACUUAUCUUACAGUCUGCCGCGAACAAGAAACAACUGAAAGAAAUCGAGGACAAGAUCCUGGAAACUUUGCAGUCAUCAGAAGGAAAUAUUUUGGAAGAUGAGAGUGCAAUACAGAUCUUAGACUCUGCUAAAUUAAUGUCAAAUGAGAUCAGUAAGAAGCAGCAGAUUGCUGAGAAAACGGAAAUAAAAAUAGCAGAAUCCAGAGAGGGUUACCGGCCAAUAGCCAAACACUCCUCUGUGCUGUUCUUCAGUAUUGCGGAUCUAGCCAACAUCGAUCCAAUGUAUCAAUAUUCGCUAAACUGGUUUGUCAAUCUUUACAUUAACUCCAUCCAGGACAGCAACAAAUCUAAAAUCUUAGAGAAACGCCUUCGGUACCUGAAUGAUCACUUCACAUACAAUUUAUACUGCAAUGUCUGCCGAUCACUUUUUGAAAAAGACAAACUACUCUUCUCCUUCUUACUUUGUUGCAACCUUCUCAUGGCAAGAAAGGAGAUUGAAAACCAGGAAUUCAUGUUCUUGCUCACAGGUGGAGUUGGUCUCCAAAAUAAUGUACCCAACCCAGCUCCGUCAUGGCUUCCGGAUAAAAGCUGGGAUGAGCUUUGCCGUGCAAAUGACUUAGCUUCUUUUAAAGGUUUAAGAGAACACUUCAGAGAGAAUCCCAAAGAGUGGCAUAAAAUAUACGACAGCAAAGAGCCGCACAAUGUUCUCUUGCCCAGUCCAUUUAACGAGAGUCUGAAUGAACUUCAGAAAAUGAUCAUUCUACGCUGCCUGCGACCUGACAAGAUAAGCCCUGCCAUUACCAGCUAUGUGACUGAUAAACUUGGAAAGAAAUUUGUGGAACCUCCACCUUUUGAUUUGUCAAAGAGUUAUUUGGAUUCCAAUUCUACAAUCCCACUGAUCUUCGUGUUAUCACCAGGAGCUGAUCCAAUGGCAAGUUUACUGAAAUUCGCAAAUGACAAAGACAUGGGAGGAGAUAAAUUCCAAGCCAUCUCCUUGGGGCAAGGUCAAGGGCCAGUAGCUACAAAAAUGAUUAAAGAAGCUUUAACAGAAGGUACCUGGGUUUGCCUGCAAAACUGCCACCUUGCUGUGUCCUGGAUGUCAACAUUAGAAAAGAUAUGUGAGGAAUUUAACAGUGACACAUGCCACCCGGACUUCCGACUAUGGCUUACCAGCUAUCCAUCCCCAAAGUUUCCUGUGACCAUCUUGCAAAACGGGGUGAAGAUGACCAAUGAGCCCCCUACAGGCCUGAGACUGAAUCUGUUACAGUCAUACCUUACUGACCCCAUCUCUGAUACAGACUUCUUUAAUGGCUGCCCUGGAAAAGAGCUGGUAUGGCAGAAGCUACUUUAUGGGGUCUGCUUUUUCCAUGCUCUGGUCCAGGAAAGGAAGAAGUUUGGGCCUCUGGGCUGGAACAUACCAUACGGCUUUAAUGAAUCUGAUUUGCGCAUCAGUAUUCGACAACUUCAGCUGUUUGUAACUGAUUAUGACCAAGUUCCUUUCGAAGCGAUCUCGUACCUCACGGGUGAAUGCAAUUAUGGCGGGCGUGUAACUGAUGAUUGGGACCGGCGCCUCCUGCUGACUACACUGGCUGAUUUCUACAAUAUUGACAUUGUAGAAAACCCACGAUAUUCUUUUUCACCAAGUGGAAACUACUUGUCGCCACCUAAAAGCACAUAUGAAGACUGCAUUGAAUUCAUUAAGAGGCUUCCAUUUAGUCAGCACCCUGAGGUCUUUGGGUUACAUGAAAAUGUUGACAUAUCGAAGGAUCUCCAACAAACCAAAAUCAUCUUUGAGUCCUUGCUGCUCACUCAAGGUGGAAACAGGGCAGGCGGGUCCUCAGGCUCCAGUGAUCACACAUUGUUGGAAAUUGCAAAGGAUAUACUAUCCAAGUUCCCAAAAGACUUUGACACUGAGGCCGCUCUGCAGAAAUUCCCUGUGAGAUAUGAAGAAAGCAUGAACACUGUGCUUGUGCAAGAAAUGGAGAGAUUUAACAAUUUAACCCGCACAAUCCGGACAACGUUGCAGAAUUUGCAGAAAGCCAUUAAAGGACUGGUUGUUAUGGACGCCGAGUUGGAGGCUUUGGCCGGCAGCUUAAUUGUAGGCAAAGUUCCUGAAACAUGGGCAAAGCGUUCGUAUCCCAGUCUGAAGCCAUUAGGAAGCUACGUGACUGACUUCCUAGCGAGGUUAAAGUUUCUGCAGAAUUGGUUUGAAUUUGGCAAACCCAAUGUCUUCUGGCUGUCUGGUUUCUUCUUUACGCAAGCAUUUCUAACAGGUGGCAUGCAGAACUAUGCCCGUAAAUACAAAGUUCCCAUUGACCUGUUGGGGUAUGAGUUUCAGGUCCUGCCUAUCGACACUUCAGACUCCUCACCACCAGAUGGUGUUUACAUCAAUGGGUUGUUCCUAGAUGGAGCUCGCUGGGACAGAGAAAGCGGGGUGCUUACUGAACAACACCCCAAAAUCCUCUUUGACUCUGUGCCUAUAAUCUGGAUAAAGCCAAAUAAAAGAUCGGAUAUUAAGAAGUCAUUGUCCUACGUCUGCCCUCUCUACAAAACAAGUGAACGCAAAGGCACACUUUCUACAACUGGGCAUUCCACCAACUUUGUCAUAGCCCUUCAGCUGCCAACGGACAAACCUGUUCAGCACUGGAUCAAACGUGGGGUGGCCCUCCUCUGUCAACUAGAUGAUUAAACUUUCCAUCACCACCGGCGCUUUACAGGGCUGGAAAUAAGAUAUCAACCAUCGCGCUUCGUACUAUUCCUACGUUAAUUAUUUAAUUUGCUGUCAGUAUUGUAUGGCCCUCAUAAUCCAAUCCUCACUCAGUGUCAGAGAGAAAUCACUUCUCAUUUUAACUUGCAAUUCAUAUCUGAAAUUUUUCAAGAAACAUUUAGUGUCACAAUAACCAUAUUUAAAGUGACAGUAAUUUCCCAGUUUCAUGUAGCGAAGUUUUUAGAAAGUUUUUACUUUACAUAUUUAUUCCACUACUGGUAUGUGCCUUUUACAAAACGCUGGAUUAGUCUGUUCCUAACCCCUGAAAUGCUACAAUGAUGAUGGAUUAAAGGGACGAGCCCGGUUGGAUUUAACAUAAUUUUUAUUGCAUAAUGGAGAUAAUGCAUUAAAAAUUUGAUAUUUACGUCUAAAUGUGGUUCAUUUGUUGACUUUCUGCAGCUUCUGCCAAGACUGAGACUGGCUGAAAUUUUUCCCUAAAUCUUGUUUCUCCCAUUCUUAUAUGGGACAUUGUGCUAAUUUCCUAAGUCCCCAAAGAACAGGCAUAAAGGAACACAAUGCACUAUGCAAAUAGGAGGAGGGUAGGUGGUUAUGGUACGUGCAGUGCCUAUUAAAUAGCAUAUGUAUUUGGCAGAUUUAAUUCUACAGUGCAAUAUUAAUUAUUGGUAGCGAGUACCCCACUCUCACCAAAAUG